GAUAUCCGUAGCUUGGAAAAUUUGAGUUGGUUGUCACAUGUUUGAUUGCUGAUGGCUCGUCGUCCUUAGAAUUAUUUUACACGUGAUCUGUGUUACAAUUUCAAAUCCAGGUUCUACAUCAAUUAAAAAUACUAACUAUUUCUGUAGAGACCUGUAUCCUAUAACUUUCUUCAUAUAUACAGGUUACUGAUAAUAUUAUAUUUUAUUGGUGAAAUGGUUGUAUUCACCUGUAAUAACUGUGGAGAUUCGGUGAACAAGCCUAAGGUGGAGAAACAUAUUCAAUAUGAAUGUAAACGCAAACAUUUUGCUGUGAGCUUUUGUUGUGUUGACUGUCUUAAAGAUUUUAAUCAAGAAACAGUUAAAGACCAUUGCCAAUGUGUAACAGAAGAACAAAGAUAUUCUGCCAAAGGUUUUGUACCAAAAGCUUCUGCAGAAAAAGGAAAACGCAAACAAGCUGGUUGGGUAGAUAUAGUACAGUCUGUAAUUAAUAGGAAAGACUUAAGUAAUGACGAAAAACAAUUUUUAAGUAUCAUUACCAAAUUUGAUAAUGUACCAAGGAAAAAAAAUAAAUUCCAGAACUUUUGUUUUUCUUCUGCACCUGCUUAUAGACGAAAGGAACAUUUAGUAAAUAAAGUAUUUGAUAUGAUUGAAGCUGAGUAUAAAGCACAAACCCAGAUUUCAAAUGAAAAAUUAUCUAAUAAUGACAAUAAACCAAAAACCAACGAUACUGACAAUUUAAAGAAAAAUGACUCAAUUCAAGAAGAACAUCUCCAAAAAAUUAAUAAAAAGAGGAAGGAUGUUGAAAAUGAUGAAGAAAAAGAAAAUAAUGAUGGUAAAUCAGAAGAAGUAUCAAAAAAGAAGAAGAAAAAAAAGAAACAGUCUAUUGAUAUGUUAAAUGAUGAAAUUAAAAUAAAAUCUGAAGAAAAUGACAAACUACAAUCCAAGAAAAAAGACAAAAAAUCUCUAGAAAAUAACAUAAAUGCUGAAAAUGAUUUGGCAUUAAAAGAAGCAAAUGCUGAAAUUAUAUCAGAAGAGACUGUUUUACCUAAAUCAGAAAAAAAGAAGAAGAAAAAGAAGAAAUCAAUAGGAAAUAACAUAACUAGUGAAGGCAGUUUGACAUUAGAAGAAUCAAAUUCUGUUGAAACUGAACUAGACUCAACUAUAAAGUCUUCAAAAAAAAAAAAGAAUUUACAAGUAGAAACUAAUAAUUUUAUUGAAAACGGUAUUACUAAUACUGACAGUUUAAAUACAGAAGAAAAUAGUUUAUUAAAUGGAAAAAAUGCCAUUUUAGAUGACAAAACUGAAUUUCAAAUGAGUAAAAAAGAAAAAAAAGAAAUGAAAAAAAAAAUGAAAUAUCAACAUGAAUUAGCAUCUGUUACUAAUGGUGUUAUAGAAGCAGUCAGUGAACCAAUAUGUAAAAAGAAAAAAAGAAAGUUAAAUAACAAUGUUGAAAAUGAGGAACCACAACAAAAAAUUUCAAAAACUGAAGAUACACCUCAAAUUUCAGAAAUGCAACCGGAACGUAAAUUUGAAUGGAAUGAAGCAAUUAAUCAAGUAUUGAUGGGUAAAAAAGACAAACCAAUAUCUUUGAACAAAGUUAUGAAAAGAGUUAUGAAUGAAUAUCAUUUGUUAAAUGAAACAACAAAAAAAACUGAAAGUGAAUUAGAAAAAAUUUUUCGAAAGAAAAUUAAAAAAAUGAAAAAUGUUAAGAUUGAUAAUGAUAAAGUACAUUUAAUAUAA